AUGAGCUUUAUAAUAGGCUCGAGGAUUUUUCCUUCAAAAUGGUUUUCACCUAGGUACAAACUCUCUAGCUUCGACGAAAAAGAGGAGUUAGUAGGAACUUCAAUAGAACCUCUAAGAUUAUUUCCACAAAGUGCUAGAGUGGAAAGCUUGGUUAGAUUUUGUACAAGCGGGAUACUACCAGUGAAGUAGUUCGAGAGAAGCCUCACCUUGGUUAACUGGGUUAGAUUUCCAAAUUCAUAAGUGAGUGGAGAAGAGGUGAAGUUGUUGAAACUGAGAUCAAGAUUCCGCAACACAAAUGAGAAACUACCAGUGAGCUCGUUAUCGUGUAGGGCUAAAACGGAAAGCAUGCUUAGGUUACUAAAUGAGGAAGGAACUUGGUCGAGGAAGCCACUACCUGAAAGAAAUAAAACCUCUAAUUUGUUGAGCGUUCCUAACUCGGAAGGGAUUAAAGAGGGGGUGAACUUGUUGUGA